AUGGACAAGUGCUUCAAAUGCCCAGAAAACCAAUAUCCAAGUAAGGACAGAGAUCAAUGCAUUCCCAAGUCCCUGAAUUUCCUCUCUUUCUCAGGACCGUUGGGGUUCACUUUAGCUUUCUUGUCUCUGUUUUAUUCUCUGAUCACAGCUUUGGUGUUUGCAAUAUUCACUAAGCAUUGGAACACACCGAUUGUCAAAGCCAACAAUCGGGACGUCACCUUCUCUCUGAUCAUCUCCCUAUUCCUCUGCUUCCUCUGCUCCUUGCUGUUCAUUGGCCUGCCUCACACAGUGACCUGCUAUUUACGACAAACUGCUUUUGGUAUCAUCUUUUCUGUGGCUGUUUCAUGCAUAUUGGCCAAAACCAUCACUGUGGUCCUGGCUUUCAAGGCCACCAAGCCAGGAUCCAAGCUGAGGAAAUGGGUGGGGAAAAGAUUGUCCAAUUCUAUUCUUCUUGGUUGUUCCUUUACCCAAGCGAGUAUUUGUGCCACGUGGCUAUGUACUGCUCCUCCAUUCCCAGAUUUUGACAUAUAUUCUUUGACUGAAGAAAUUGUAAUGGAAUGCAAUGAAGGCUCUGUUAGUAUGUUUUAUUGUGUCCUGGGUUACCUGGGAGUCUUGGCCAUUGUCAGCUUCAGUGUGGCUUUCCAGGCCAGAAAGCUGCCAGACAGUUUCAAUGAAGCGAAAUUCAUCACUUUCAGCAUGUUGGUGUUUUGCAGUGUUUGGUUAUCCUUUGUGCCCUCCUACUUGAGCACAAAGGGGAAAUACAUGGUGGCCGUGGAGGUCUUCUCCAUCUUGGCCUCUAGUGCUGGGAUACUGGCAUGUAUCUUCUUCCCCAAAUGCUACAUAAUUAUCCUGAAACCUGAAUUAAACAGCAAAGAUCAGCUUAUUAGGAGAAAAUACUAA